AUGUCUGACGGCAACUCUUCUACUCUCGGUUCCUACGUGAACGCCGCGACUGGCGCUGCCCAGCGCGCUGUCGGCGCUAUCACUGGUGACUCCUCCACUCAGGCCAAGGGUGACCUCGCCCAAGAGCAAGCCAAGUCCCAGAACGAAGCUUCCCAUACCACCGCCAAGCUGGGCCCCGUUACCGCCGACCCCAACACCGGCGCUGUCGCCAGGGACGACCCCAAGCGUGACACUGGCUCCUGGGACCAGACCGUCGGUUCUGUCAAGGAAGCCGCUGGCAACCUGACCGGCAUCGAGAGCCUGCGCCGUGCCGGUGUCGAGCAGAACCAGGCUGGUAAGGAGCAGGAGGCGAAGGGCCAGCUCAAGGACCUGGGCGAGGGUCUCCAGGACCGUGCUGAGGGUACCUUGGGUGGCAUUGCUGCUGCUGUCGCGGGCGACCGCGAGCAGGAGGAGAAGUACCGUGAUAUCCACGAUGAGGGCAAGACCCGCCAGCGUGGGGCUGAGGCCGAUAUCAACAAGAAGCAGGGUCUGUAG